AUGAUUUACGUUUGGUCAGUGCUGGCUCUAUGCUGCAUUACAGUUAUCUUCCCAGCAAGUGCUGGUGUGGCUGGUGUGCGAGUGGCGGCUCCUAACGUGUGGGCAAACAACCCGUAUGUGGUGAGUUCCAACUAUCCGCAGCUCUCGCUGAUGCAGACUUCCCUGUCGAAUGAAAAACAGGGCCAGAUGGACCAACUGUCUCUACAACGACUUGCCCAGUUACAGUCUGCUACGGGAGGACAACAGCUGACCCCGAUGUACGCUUCAACGGGAUCUGCCUUUGUUGCGCCUGCAGGAUACUUGCCACAGGCGGCCUAUAUAUUGGGUAGCCAGCCGACUGGACAAGGAACUUACAUGGUAGCAAGUGAUUCUAAUCCAUCCCUACUUUCUGUAUCAACGAGCAACGGUGCCACCAGUGGCAAUGAGGUUAUAUCCUCAUCAAACACAAAAGCUACCAGCGCUACAUCCGGUACUGCAGUUGUUGGAAGUCCUACAGAUGGCGUUAUUGGUGCUGAUGGGCAGAUACUUGGUAGUACUCAAGAUACAGCCGUCGUUGAGAGUGCCGGACAACUUGGUCCUACAGUUGUACGCGCGGAUAUUCCGGUAACUUACCAACAGGAUUCACUAAUUCCUUACCAGUCCCAACAACUGUUAUACACUCAAGGUAGGAGACUAUUUGGAGUGGACGAAUAUGGUCGACCUGUCUACAUUGUC